UCUUUGCUGGCGGCUGAAUUUGAAAUAGCUGUCGACUUUGAUUUAGUGUAAAGAAGCUAUGAAUUUGUUUAUUUGCUGGCUGUGUGAUUUCCCAGGACACGAUGAGACUGAGCUUCAGGCUCAUCUGAAGACAUUGGAGCAUGUGAAAAAUCUGGUUGCUCAUAACUUGUUUUGCCCCGAGUACCUCGAAUCACUGAGUCGAUCGAAUUUCUUCGAAUUGGAACGGAAUGGAAAUUGUGUCUCUACAGGUGUAGUGAGUAGAGUGAAUAGACCAGCAGCAGAUGGUCUGCUGGCCGAAGUGAAAGUAGAGGAGGUCAAUCAGCCGCGAGAAGUACAAGAAGCACAGCAUGGAGCAGAAGAGCAACAAGGAGAAACACAUGAACAAAGAGAAGAGCACCAUGGCACACAACACUCGCGAUAAACAGUACAAAUAGGACAAAAAGAAGCAGAGAAUUAACGAAAAAUAGGCUCGACCUUUGAUGAUUUCAUUAAUGACGGGCCUUUUUAAAAGCGACUUAGACAAGCGAGCAUUAGAUCUGUUAAUCUAAAGAGAACUGCAGCCUGUGUUACUCGUUGAAGACAUAGCAAUGGAGCUACGAAGAUCAGAGCUAAGAAAAAGAGAAGGAGAAAUAAGGAGGGAAAAGUCACUGACACGAUGAGACUGAGCUUCAGGCUCAUCUGAAGACAUUGAAGCAUGUGAAAAAUCUGGUUGCUCAUAACUUGUUUUGCCCCGAGUACCUGGAAUCAAUGAGUCGAUCGAAUUUCUUCGAAUUGGAACGGAAUGGAAGUUGUGCCUCUACGGGUGUAGUGAGUAGGGUGAAUAGACCAGAAGCAGCUGGUCUGCUGGCCGAAAUGAAAGUAGAGGAGGUCAAUCAGCCACGAGAAGUACAAGAAGCACAGCAUGGACCAGAAGAGCAACAAGGAGAAACUUAUGAACAAAGAGAAGAGCACCAACAUGGCCCAAAUCGAUUAUCCGAAUCGCAACAAGAACAUAUUGUUCAAGGGCAGAAACUUCUGGAUUCAAAAGCGAGGAAACGAAAAGUGGUUUUGGCCCACGAUGAAGAGCCCCCUCAUAAGCGACCAAGACUGGCGACAAUUUCUACUAUGGAUAACUAUAAGAUAUAUGUGACAUACCUUACUUGCGUGUGCUGCGAUAUAGGAUUUCCCUACAGCAAGAAGUCAUUUCAAAACCACAUUGAUAGUGCAAUGCAUUCGAAAAGGAAGAAAUAUAUCCAAUAUGCUUUUUAUAAAUGUUCAAAAUGUGAGAAUAAUUUCGAAGAAUGUCAAAUAUCGGAACACUUUGGACCGAAAAGGAAAUUCGGCUCAGCAUUGCGAUGUGCUAAAGUAAGGAGAGGAAUGAAUUCUGUAUGUGCGAUAAAUAUGUUUAAUUGUUCAAAUUGUAAUGUCAGCUUCAACAGCUUAGAUGCAGUAUUAAAGCACAUCAAUGAUCCGGAACACUUGCAGAAGAGAGAUGAUAUUCCAUGGAACUGUUGGAAACGCCGCAAUAUUUUUAGGGACGGAAUCGGGGGCAUAUUCUGCAAUGCCUGUCUCAGAUCUCUGAAAUCUGUCAAUGCUUUGAUAUAUCACGGAGUUUGUAAUAGCUACCAUUUGAUGCAAGUUGAGCAUCAGGAUCGCCCUAUGACAGGCUAUUAUGCAAAACAACUAAUCAAAUGAAAUAGAGCUCUAAUUAGUCGAGUUUUUAUCAAGAAAGGCAAAAUGAACUUGUAAAUUUGCACUUUUCUACUGAUAUUAUUAUUAAUUUGGUUUUAAUCCAGUUUUGGUUUUAAUUCAUUUUUAGUUUUAA